AGAGAGAGAGAGAGAGUGCGAAUUCAAAACGACCCCUCCCCCCCUCUCUCCUCUUCGUCGUCUUCGUUCUCUCUCUCCUCUCUCUCUCUCUCUCUCUCUCUUCGUUCCCACACGGAGGUGGCGGCGCUUCGUAGGGUUUCGCUCCCCCCACGCCGAAGCGACACCGCGACCCUUCUCUCUCUACAUAUAGACGCAUCCGUACGCGAUCGGUCUCUCCCUCUUUGAUCGCUUCCUCGUUCAAGAAUCGAAGAGGGACCAGGGACAAAGUUGAUUUUUUUUCUUCUGUGCAGUGAGCUUCUAAAAGAUGAUAGGUUCAUUUCUUACUAGAGCUCUAAUCCUUGCUCUUGGAUAUGCUUAUCCAGCAUAUGAUUGCUAUAAGACAGUGGAACUGAACAAGCCAGAAAUUGAGAAGUUGCGCUUUUGGUGCCAAUAUUGGUUAGUUGCAUCACUUAUUUGUGGGAAAAAUGUUUUCGACUCUUUUGGUGCGAUAUAUAUUUCUAAAACAAAGAAUACCAUAAUGGCAUUUUGCAGGAUCUUAGUUGCACUUCUGACAGUUUGUGAGAGGGUUGCAGAUAAUUUUAUAUCAUGGUUGCCAAUGUAUAGUGAAGCAAAGUUGGCUUUCAUUGUGUACCUCUGGUAUCCUAAAACAAAGGGGACAACAUAUGUCUAUGACACGUUCUUCCGGCCAUAUGUCGCGAAGCAUGAAACGGAGAUAGAUCGUAAUUUGCUUGAAUUGAGAACAAGGGCUAGUGAUAUUACUGUGCUAUAUUUUCAGAGAGUUGCGAGUUAUGGCCAGACAAGGUUUUUUGAAAUUUUGCAGUAUGUUGCUUCACAAUCUCAGGCGCCAAGAACUCGAAUGGUUCAGAGGCGGCAACCGCCAGAAGUUCGGCAACAGCCUCCUGCCGAGCCACCCGCCCACCCACCCUCAUCCUCUCCGCAGCAACAGCAGCCAACAGCACCACCUCCUCCUCCUGGACCCACCAGGAACCUGAUGCAAGAACAGCCCUCAAUUGCUGCCGCUCCUGCCCAUCCGCAAGCCUCAUCAAAUCCCACCCGUACCCUCCCAUCCACUUCAGGGCCUGCCAGCCUCAGCUCUGCAUCUGAGGAACCAAUGCAGGUUGACAACACCGACAACCCCUCGGCAAAUGGAGAACUACAGAGUCCUGCCUCUGAAGAGACAGUCCUGGAGGAGGCUAUCCGUGUAACUCGAGCCCGGCUGAGGAAACGUGCAGCUGCUGCUGCACCCUCUACUCAACCCUCUUCUCAUUAGUACCCUCUCUCUCUCUCUCUCUCUCUCCCUCUCUCUCUCUCUCUCUCUUAUUUUAGCCAUUCUUUAGCUUUUGCUUAGUAAUACUAUUAGCUAGUUCUAGUUAGUAGUUGUCGCAGUAGUUGUAACAAUGUAAAUAAAUGACCUCAAGUGGAACUUUAUUGAUGAUGA